AGUCGCUGUGGUCGCAGUCAGUCGGUCAGUUUCAGUCGUCAGGUUCGCCACUCCGGUCCGGUAGACUCGUCGCGAGAAGAAGAGAAAGCGGUUGUUGGCCAGGCGUGGAUCGUUGUGAUGGUCUGCUCUAUUAAUCGUGAACAAUGUACAAUAUUUUACGGAUUUUGGUGUUCGGAGUGCUCUUCAGCCUCGCGUACUCCACCGCGACUCGCCCAUGGUACGAAUCCUUACCCGCAGUAGCCUUAGAUUAUAAAGUUCAUAUCGAUGCCGGAAAAGAGGAUUGUUACUUUCAAUAUGUUCAUGCUGGCGCUACAUUUUACGUAAAUUUCCAGGUGAUACGCGGCGGAGAUGGAAAAGCUGGUUUUGCGGUGAGAAAUCCAGAGGGGAUAAUAGUGCAUCCGUAUCAAUGGAUCGCAAACUCUGAUUAUCAAGAUACCGCAAAAGCUUCUGGUUACUAUAGCAUUUGUAUCGAUAAUCAAUUCUCCAGAUUUGCAUGGAAAUUAGUUAAUUUGUACAUCACGGUUAUCAGAUAUGACGAAUGGGACAAAUAUACGAAGGAGUUGGAAGAACUGAACAUGUCCGUGGAGAAUUUUACGUCGGCGAUAAUUCACGUGGAGAAAAACAUCAAUGAAAUGCUUCAGACUCAAUAUCUCAGUAGGAGCAGGGAAGCUAGAGAUUUGAGCUUGUUAUUGGAUAAUAAUUUCUACGUUCAAACAUGGUCGAUCGCACAAAUAAUUAUUGCGAUAGUGACAACGACGACACAGGUGUACUUCGUAAGAAAAUUGUUUGAAGUGAAACCAUCUAGGUACUCUAGAGCAGGUAUCUAAAUCGAGUGCUCGCGUACUCGUUCUAACGUGAAACGAAAAAGAAAAGAUACGUUUAAAGGAACCAAAUCUGAUAAAUGACAUAUUUGCGAGACUAUCUCUAUCAAUACUUUUACUCCAAGAGAGUCAUCUACUUAAAGUUGAUCGUUACAGUUAUUUUCAUCAUACUUAGUACCGUCAGAAUAUCCAUUUUUCUGCUUGAAACAUAGCCUCGCGUCAAGACUGUAUCACGUUCCUCACAUCGUCCUCGGAUACUCAAAGAACGUUCCAUCGAUCACUACAUGAAAUACCUAAAUCGUUUAUUCGUUCGCUCUAUUUUUACUCAUAGGCUUUUCGUUCGAAUUAUCAGACGUAUGGAUCAACGAGACAUCAUCGGGGAACAUUUGUAAUAAUAAUAUUUAUACCAAGAUAAUAAAUCAUUACGUACUUUUGUUA